CGGGCCGGAAGCGGGAGGCUGCCGGGGCGGGCUGGCUGGCGGCCCCUUUCCGGCCGGUCCCCAUGGAGGCGCUGGGGAAGCUGAAGCAGUUCGAUGCCUACCCCAAGACUCUGGAGGACUUCCGGGUCAAGACCUGCGGGGGCGCCACGGUGACCAUUGUCAGUGGUCUUCUUAUGCUGCUUCUGUUCCUGUCCGAGCUGCAGUAUUACCUCACCACUGAGGUGCAUCCUGAACUCUACGUGGACAAGUCGCGGGGAGAUAAACUGAAGAUCAACAUCGACGUACUUUUUCCGCACAUGCCUUGUGCCUAUCUGAGCAUUGAUGCCAUGGAUGUGGCUGGGGAACAGCAGCUGGAUGUGGAACACAACCUGUUUAAACAGCGACUAGAUAAGGAUGGCAUCCCCGUGAGCUCAGAGGCAGAGCGUCAUGAGCUUGGGAAAGUUGAGGUGAAGGUGUUUGAUCCUGACUCCUUGGAUCCUGAUCGCUGUGAGAGCUGCUAUGGUGCUGAAACAGAAGAUAUCAAGUGCUGUAACACCUGUGAGGAUGUGCGGGAGGCAUAUCGCCGUAGAGGCUGGGCCUUCAAGAACCCAGACACUAUUGAGCAAUGCCGGCGGGAGGGCUUCAGCCAGAAGAUGCAGGAGCAAAAGAAUGAAGGCUGCCAAGUAUAUGGCUUCUUGGAAGUCAACAAGGUGGCGGGAAACUUCCACUUUGCUCCCGGGAAGAGCUUCCAGCAAUCCCACGUGCACGUCCACGACUUGCAGAGCUUCGGCCUCGACAAUAUCAACAUGACCCACUACAUCCGGCACCUGUCAUUUGGGGAGGACUAUCCAGGCAUUGUGAACCCCCUUGAUCGCACCAAUGUCAUUGCACCCCAAGCCUCCAUGAUGUUCCAGUACUUUGUGAAGGUGGUGCCCACAGUGUACAUGAAGGUAGAUGGGGAGGUGCUGAGGACAAAUCAGUUCUCUGUGACCAGACAUGAGAAGGUCGCCAAUGGGCUGAUGGGUGACCAGGGGCUGCCUGGAGUCUUCGUACUCUAUGAGCUCUCACCCAUGAUGGUGAAGCUGACAGAGAAGCACAGGUCCUUCACGCACUUCCUGACCGGCGUGUGCGCUAUCAUCGGGGGCAUGUUCACAGUGGCUGGACUCAUCGAUUCACUCAUCUACCACUCGGCUCGAGCCAUCCAGAAGAAAAUUGAUCUAGGGAAGACAACGUAGUUCUCCUUUUGCCCCUCUUUUGUUCCCUCUUUCUCCUGUUCUCUCUUUGACCUUGUGGUCAUAUUUCCAGUCUCUAACCCCCAGCCCCAGUCCCUACUUGGAGAGUCAGUCAUAGCCCUAGGUUGAUAAAUCUGUUGAUUGUGAUAGUAGUUGCUGGUCUCUGUGUGGU